AAAUCCCAGAAGUGGGAUGAAAUGAACAUCAUAGCUACAUACCACCCAGCAGGCAAAGAUUAUGGCUUGAUGAAAAUCGAUGAGCCGAGUACUCCUUAUCACAGCAUGGUAGGAGAAGAUGAUGAGGAUGCAGUGAGUGAUUCAGAGUCAAAUGAGCCCUUAAAAGCAGACGUGUUAAGUAAAAAAUUGGCAGCUGCAGCUGAAGGUAAAGGACCCAAGGUUAUAGCAAAGCAAGAGGAAAGCAGUGAGGAGGAAGAAGAGGAUGAAGAAUUAACACCUGAAGAACGAGAGAAGAAGAAACAGUUUGAAAUGAAGAGAAAAAUGCACUACAAUGAAGGACGGAACAUCAAACUGGCGAGGCAGCUCAUUGCAAAAGAACUGCACGGUGAAGAAGAGGAGGAUGAGGAGGAUGAAGAGAUGCAUGAUACUGCAGAUGUAGAAACCAUGAAUACGGAAGCUGCCGAACAUGGGGAAAGAAGGGCUCCAGUAGGCAACUUUAUGACCUUUCUCCAUGGCUUGAAGCUGCCAUCUCUCUGCACUCUGCUGUAAAACAGAGGCAUCUCUGCUCCCCAGCUGCAUUCACCAGUGGAAAGAAGGCACACCUUUGCAGCAUUUUUCCAUCUCUAUUAUUGGAAGUCCAUUCCACCUUGCCUCAUAACCAGCUUCAGAGCCACAACUGACUGAGAUUUCUUGCUGAUUGAAAUGAAGAUGGCCAGUCCAGUCAGUGAUGCACAUGCUACCCGUGACCAGCUGGAAAACAGAGCACACAGCAUAGAAGAAAUCUGUCCAGAACUGUAACUGCUUGUGAAAACACAAAUAUAAACAUCGCUUCACAAUUUUUGCAGUUAAGGCUCUUAAAUAUUGAGCAGCAUAUCAGUUACAAUGUUGUAUUGCCAAGAAUAUUAAUUUUAGACUUGUCUGUUGGGCAGAAAAAAACUGUCUAAUUGAUUUAUUCUUGUGCCUAGUAUUUCAUGGAGAAUACUGCUUCAUAAUCUGUUCAACCAGAACGGCAUUCCCUGUGUGUGUAACGCUGAUUA